CAUAUUUAUAACCUCCCUCCCAACACUUGUGACAUAUCGUGUUUCCUUCUUCACAUCCCCAAAACACAUACGAGUUCAUGGUCACUAUUCUAUUGUCCACAUUGAACAUCCAACUACUGUAAGUCGAUGAUUUCCCUUACUAAAUCAUAUUGGUAACUUCUGCCAUUAUCCUUCGUUUACUCGCUGUUUACUGCCUAAGAGGUAGGUAUGUUCGACGAUGAGAAAAGGAUGCUACAUCCUGUGCUCUUUCAGUCUAACUAACCUUGGAAGCUCCUUCUCGAUUGUUGUUAUUUCUGUGGUUUCCUUAUUUUGUACUUCUGAUAUUUCAUCGAGGUUUGAAUUCACAUCCCCAACAAUACCUUAGAGUCCCUUCACACCCCUUAUUGACCCCACUCGAUGGUAUCGUCUGACCAACAUGGACGAUCCAUGGGACUGGGACGUCGAUAAGGUGGUUCAAGAGCUCUGCUCAGCCAAUCGAUCUUGGGAACCUCCAACUUCUUACCCCCUGCAAUUCCCGCCUCCGGAGCAACUUGAACCUUUAUUGCGAGAGCAUGGAGUUGACGGCCAUACGCUUCUCACAUAUGAUCGUGCCGAACUCUGCCAAGAACUACGCAUCAAGAUUAUCAAGCACAAAUCUAUACUCAAGCAUAUCAUCAGCUCAUUCCAAGCUCGUAGCAAACAGUAUAGACUGUAUCGGAAACGCAGCUACUCGGAUUUCGAAGCUGGAAAUGACGAAGGUCAAACAGGAAGCAAUGGCAACAGGGAGGUGUUACCAAUCAAGUCUACUUCUCGCAAUCUUCUUCCACCUUCACUGAAAAGAAGCACCGAUCUUACCUUGGUGGGGCCACAGGAUGUGCUUCAAGGUCCUCAUCCUGGAGUCGCGUCUACUCCUACUCCAUAUCGAUCUAACGCUGUUCAUGACACUCCCUACUCCGCUCAGGAGACCCCCACUACAAAGAAACGAAAAGUAGCCCCUAUACUCAUUUCAACUGAGAUCGAUGUUAACGUGUCACGCACUAUUCCCUCCGAAGCGGACGUGAUUAUGGCAUCUAGAUCGAGGAACCUAAUUAAUCAUCAAAACGAUGCAAUCGAUUUGACCUGGGCUUACCUCGGAAAAGAUGCAGUCACAAGGGUGGAUAUCGUUGACCAUUUCAACGACGCCGGACCUUUCUCGAACGACACCUUGCAACAAGAACAACCACUCGCAUUUGUUCGAGUUCGAGACGAUGGACUGCCGUAUGGCCGCCGGCUACAGAUCUACCAGAUUCUCAAGCGUCGGAUGCUGCCGAAUAAAAAGCCUCGGGUUCCUUACGCUGCCAAGCUGGAUAUAGUACCUGGGGCUAACAAUCCGGAUCACGAUAAAAUAUUACCUGUGUACGGAGAUUCAGAUGAUGAGUACGAUUCUGAAACUUGGGCUGAAAUAAAAACCGAACAGCUCAAGAAAAAAGACCGACGUGGCUUAUCUAGCGACGAAGUCCAAGCCGUGAUCGAUGAGUCUAUUCAGAAAUUUGUAUCCGAUUGGAAAGAGCGCAAGGCCUCCAAGCUCUUAUACAAAGCCAACCAAAUUUGGUUAGGUGCUCGAAGGGCCGGCCUAAAGAUGUCGAUCGACAAGAAUCGCAAGAAUCUUAAGGCAUGCGAAUCCCGCAUUGCGAAGUAUUGUAGAGAGAUGACUCUCCAGCAUUGGCAUAAAACAGCCGAGUUGAAGAUGAACACCUUGAUCUUGCAACAGAGUGUAGAAGAUAGGGAAUAUGCUUCGUGGGUUCUCGGUGUGAUCACUGCCUCAACCGAACCUGCAAGACUCGCGGCCCCGCGUCGGACUUCCGUUAAAACCCGUCGGCAGCCAAAGCUAGUUUCUGCCGAUUCGGAGGAGGAGGAGAUACUGACAAGCGAAUCCGAGAGUGAGCUUGAAAAGUUCAUUGUCGACGCCCCCUCGUCCCCUGGUACAUCUCGUAGUGCUUCACCCAUGGCAAUCGUUGAAGACAGUACUCCUCCCGUGCAACAAGAACGUCGCUGUGAAAGUGACCACAACGAGGUAUCUAUGGACUUAGAACGAACAGAAACCAUCGAUCUUGCACAGUCUCCUCAGACACCAGCCAAAUCUCAGAAGUAUCAUGUGAUAGAUCUUACUACCCCCGUCAAGCCCAAAUCAGUUCCCAAUGGCUCACCCAAGAUAAAGCUGAGCAGCACGCCGCGAAAGCUAAGUCAAUUGCAUAAUGAGCAAUCGCCUCUUAUAAUGAGCGUUAAUGACCUGGACCCAUCUGAACAAGCGAUAGCUCAAGAACUGGCUAAGCAAGACGAAGGAUAUCUAUCAUAUAUAUUUUCGGUAACCAUGAAGGAGCGAUCAGACGAAGGUUGGAUAGAUUUUCUAUCUAAUGAGUUAGAAGAGCGAAGAAUCCCGAAGUCUCCCUACGAUACUCCCGAGAAGAGAAAAGCUUGUGCCGCCUUCACGAUGCUUCGUUUGUUUGAAAUAUAUAGAGACGAUGCCUUCUACUCGAUAGGUCAGUAUAAGAAGCUAAGCUAUGACGACAUAAUGAAAAAGGUAGAAGACGCAGGGGAACAAACAGAGACACUCUGCAGUUAUGCCGACUUCCUCCGCCGCUUAUCUGAUCGUUUCGAGUGGAAGGUGAUUGAUACGGGAACAGCCGAUCGAAAAUCACCCUCAAAGCGGAAGAGACGUAAGAAGUUGGUUCGCAAUCAAGAAGCAGAAAGCCUCAGAGAGCAUGAUCGGGCACGAGCGGCAGAGCAGAAACAUCGACAAGAAGUACUACGUGCGAAAUUGGUGGAGCUUGAGGCGCAAGGCGUAGCAGUUCUUGAUCAAAAGGAUAUGAUAAUCAACGAGAGCAAAGAAGAUGAUCAAGGAUUCAUUUACGUCCAUCCCGAGAUCGCAAGGCGCAUCAAGGAACAUCAAGUAGCGGGAGUCAGAUUCAUGUGGAAUCAAAUUGUAGACUCCAGAGCGAAGCAAGGUUGUCUGCUCGCACAUACCAUGGGUCUCGGAAAGACGAUGCAAAUCAUUACACUCCUAGUGGCUAUCGCCGAAGCUGCAGGGUCCGAAGACAAGACGAUCUCCUGUCAGAUACCUAAAGGCCUCAAGGAGUCAAAAACCCUUGUCCUUUGUCCUCCCUCGCUCGUCAAUAACUGGAUGGACGAAUUACUUUCUUGGGCUCCCCAAGGACAUAGACUUGGCGAGUUUUUCAAAGUUGACCAGUUAGCGGAUGUUUCCGAACGCGAUGCGAACAUUGAGGCCUGGGACCAACGAGGUGGCAUCCUUAUCUUUGGCUACAAUCUCUUCAAGGACUAUGUGAUUCAGGAAGACUUUAGAGAAAUACUAUGCGACGGCCCCAACCUCGUUGUAGCCGAUGAAGCGCACACGAUGAAGAACCCGAAGUCACAAACUCACGCCGCCGGCGCACAUUUCAGAACCCUGAGCCGAAUUGCUCUAACCGGCUCCCCCUUGGCUAACAAGGUCGAAGAAUACCAUGCUAUGGUUAAUUGGAUUGCACCAAACUACUUAUCUGAUAUCAGUGAAUUCAGAUCGUUGUACGCCAAUCCAAUCAAGGAAGGUCUCAAACUAGACAGUACUAUGAGUCAGCGCAGAAUGGCUCUGAAGAUGUUAAGGGUUCUCAAGGAAGAAGUUUCGCCAAAAGUGCAGCGAAUAACGAUCGCAGCGCUGAAGCAUGACAUGCCACCAAAGCUAGAAUUCCUCUUAACUGUACCUCUUACCAAUGUGCAGCGAGAGGCGUAUGAAACUUUCAUCAGAUACCAACUAGAUCACCCAGGAUCGAGUCAGUUGGCUUCUAUAGAAACGUUAGGUAUCCUCUGUGCCCACCCCUCGAUCUUCAUGAAAAAGCUGCAGGAUAGAAAACAGGGUUUUGCAAAGUCGACUAUAAAGGCAGAGUCUUUACCUAGUGAGCUUGUUACCAGCGAGAUAACGCUCUUGCAUAAGACAAGGGACCUGGGUUCGUACGCAUUAUCUUGGAAAAUCCUAAUAUUACUCUCCAUUCUGGACGAGUGCAAGCGCAUAGGCGAUUCAGUUCUCAUCUUUAGCCAGUCUAUCCGUACGCUUGACUAUAUAGAGUCUAUUCUCUUUCACAGGAAAUUUUCUUAUGAACGGAUUGACGGGAAAACCCCGACAAGUAAACGACAGUCCGUUGUCAAGGAAUUCGGUAAGGGAAAUAUUGAUGUGUUCCUCAUAUCUACCAAAGCUGGCGGCGUUGGCCUCAACAUGACGAGUGCCAAUCGAGUCAUUAUUUUUGACGUCAAAUUCAAUCCCCAGAACGAGCAGCAGGCCGUCGGGCGUGCAUAUCGUAUUGGUCAGAAGAAACCAGUCUAUGUUUACCGCUUGGUUUGUGGGGGUACUUCCGAGGAGAAGGCGCUGAAUAUGGCGAUAUGGAAGAUGCAGUUAGCUUCUCGAGUCGUUGACCAGAAAAAUCCUAUCCCUAAAGCCCAGGAAUUCGGACAUUCGUUUGAGAUGCCAACGGAGCCAAAACAACAAAAUAUUGAUAUACAUAUUGGCAAAGAUAAUGUCCUAGAUAAGGUUAUUAAAGCUCACAAAGUCGGCAUCAGAGCUAUCACGAUGAUGGACACUUUUGAGGAGGAAGAGCUCGAAGAUGCUGUCUUGACAGCUGAGGACCGUGCGGAAGCUGACCGAUUGAUCGCCCAAAAUGAGGCUCGUAGGCUGGGCAAGCCUAUUCCGCCUCUAUAUUCUAUGAAUCAAGGUUAUUCUACGAAUCAAGGCUAUUCUACGAAUCAAGGUUAUUCUACGAAUCAAGGAUAUUCUAUGAAUCAAGGUAGAUUUCCUAACGAAGCUAGCAUGGCUAUGCUGCAGACCUCUGCUGUGGUAUACGGCAAGGCUCAGAACGACCAAGUCUUAGGUGUGCCUCGUAUCGGGAGCUCUAAUAUCCUACAGACCGUAAACCCUCCUCAGAAUAAUGCUGUCUUAUAUCAGCCCAACCUAUUGCGGCCAAUUCAGGGUACUACUACACAUAUUCGGAGACCACCGCAAACUUCGGGCCAUGUCAUGGGUAGUCAAUUCACCAAUUGGGAAAGCCAGCCGGCUUUCAAGGGAGAGUUGACACGAGCCUUUUCAAUGAGCGAGGCACCGCAUGAUGAUGAACAGAAACGAGCUGCCGCGCAAGCCAUUACAGCAGCAGUUUGGGGUCGACAACGACCUCGUGAGCAACAUGCCCAGGUAAAAUGGGAGAUAAUGACAGCAGCAUCGUCUCCACGAUUUGUUGAAGCAAUCUGCUUGAACCUUCUGUCUACUAUUGAGCUAGCCGAUAUGGAACCAUCGGCUAUUGCCGCAAAGCGGCGUGAUUGGGACAAAUUGACAGAGACAGAAUGGGAGGAAUACAAAGCCGCUGCAGCUCGCAAGUCUGAGGCAGGCCCUGAACAUCUACAAUAUGGAUUCCACCAAAUGUCGUCUACUCCCAAGGGGGAAAAUUCUGGCCGACGUAAACCUCUUCGACUAGAUGAUCAGGAGGCAUUGGAAACUGUUAUCGAGAAUCGAAAGGCGAAGCAGUCUUCCCAUGUCAAUCCUCGCCUGCCUAGCUGGGCUAUUGACGCAGUUACCAGACAUGGACGCACAUCAUCACCCUCGAUACACCCUUCCGCCGGCCCCUCAUCUUCUACCCCUACACAUCUUUCACCCAAGACUCCUUUCAAGUGAGCCUUCGCGGCCCUAAUGAAAUAUCAGGCCCGGCUUUCGAUUCUAUCGUCUCCUCCUUUUCGAUUUAGGCUUACGGAUCGCCAUUUCAGGAGCCCUCGGCGUUUGG